GCCAUUUCACCUUGCGCGAACUGCUGAAACAGAGACACGUUGGGCAUGACAUGGACGAGUUGACGCGCACAGGCUAUACAAGAGCUGUAUAAUUGAGCAUAGUCUUAGAUUAAUCUACACAUCAUGGAGCCAAUACUAGACGCGUUGACGGCCUCGCCGAACCCCCAGCUCUUUGAGCUAGACCCUCCUCGCUACACUAGCGCAUUCGGCCGGCGAACCGACGCCGUCUUCAAAGCAAAUGUUCCUCCAGCGCCUAUGCUGUUCUCUCAGGACCAGGGCCUUGUCCUGUACGAGCGGGUCAUCUCCACCAAAGCGGAGAACCAGCUGCUGCAGAAGCUCACCAAACCCAAGUUCUACCACCACGCGCCGAUCGUGCCGGCAAAGAAGGGCGAGGGCUCGCCCCGCCGCGGCGCCGCCAACAGCUCACUAGCAGCAGCCCAGCACUCGGCACCACCCCCGCAGCACCACCACCACCACCACCCCCUGCCCUCAGCACGACACGCCUCGCCGCACGGCCACUCCACAGCCACACACCAUGCGACUGGCCACCCCAGGUCUGCCCCCGCAUCGCGGCCAGGCAGCGCCACCGGUGGCGGCAGCGGCGGCGCCGGCGCUGCCGGGCCGCCGGGGUCAGCGGGCGCAGCCCUGACAUCGACGUCGGGGCCAGGGGUGGGGACGCAUCGGCCCGCGUCCGGCCGGUCGCGGGUGCUGGCCUCGACGCCGCCGGAGGGCUCGGCGCGGGCGCAGGAGGCCGGGAAACAGGCGGUGGCGGCGGCGGCGGCAGCCGCGGCGGCGCCGGGGACGCAGCCGGGAGCGGGGCAGCGGCACCGGCGGAGUCGUAGCAUGUCGCCUGGGCAAGCGGCGGCGGCGGCGGCGGCAGGAGGGGCGGGCGGUGGGCGGGCGCCCCACCGCAAACCUCUGUAUCCUGAAGACGGGCCGCUCAAGGACUACUUCAGCAAGGAGCGCGCCUCGGUGACCGCCACCACGGUCUUCACGUGGGGCAACCGAUACAAGAUUGGGGCGGCGGGCGCCGGGUCGGGCGUGUCGGGUGCACUAGGAGCUGGCGGCGGCGGCGGGGGAGGCAAAAAGAGCGGGCGCGGCGGCGGCGGCGGCGGCUCGGAUGGCAGCGCCGGCUUUACGUCGUACAUGCCGACGCAGCACAAGCCGCCGCUACGGCUGUAGCUGUGGCUGGCAGGCUGUAGCUUUGGGGGGGGCGCUGAGCGGGCUUUGUUGGCUGCGGCAGUGAGGAGGAGACUGGUGAUGGGCAGGGUCAUCUCAGGGUGACAAAGAACAACAAACAAUGAGCCCGAACAAUGCAUACCGUAAUAUAUAUUAUUUGCAGGCAAGCAGGAAUGCUGUGGAACUGUUUGGAAUCAUUGCGCGUGGUGUGUGUGGGGGGGGCGCAGGGGCACUCACAGCGCAGGGCAGGUGUGUGGGCCGUGCUGGUUGGGGCUGGUAUGGGUGUAGGGCUGAUGUCGAAAGGCGGUGGGCGGCGGCGUUUUGGGCUGACGUGCUUCGCGCAGCACGUGAUGAUACUGCCCUGCGACUGCGUUUGUGACUGUGACAUUGUGGCGGCAUUGCGGCAUUGCAAAGAAUGGAAGAGGCAGUCCGGGACUGGGGUCCCCACGUCACCUGUUGGUGUA